AUGUCUCCGGCAAGACAAGAAUACCAGAUCACCGACGACGUCCCCGUCCUUAUCAUCGGAGGUGGCCCAUGCGGCCUACUCCAGGCUUACUUACUCGCUCAGCUGGGAGUGCAAACCCUGCUAUGCGAACGCUACCCGACGCGUCUCGACGCGCCAAAGGCUCACGCCUUCAGCCCGCGAUCACUAGAGUUAUAUUGUCGCUUGGGAACCUGCCGUCAGGAUGCGUUCUGGGUGAACUUUGUGACACAUCUGAGUGGGGAGCAGGUGGGACGGCUGCCAUACGAGCGGAUGGAUCCGGAGGUGCUGGAUGAUACUCCUACGAUGAUUCACAACGUCCCGCAGCCGGACUUCGAAGAAUACGUGCGGAGGAAACUGGUGAAGAACCCUUCGGUGGAAAUACGCAAGAACCAUUCAUUCGUGCGACUUGAGGACUUCGGGGACUAUGUCAUUGCAACAAUCGAAGAUCGCGCUAUGCAGCGAGAAUACCAUGUCAAGUGCAAGCAUCUGGUGGCUUGUGAUGGUGCAAAGAGCGCUGUUCGACGGUUUCUCAGAGUAGAGAGUGAAGGAGAGGACUCUUACGAGACCAUGAUGACUAUUCAUAUCAACGCCAAUCUCUAUCCGGUCUUGAAAGAACGGGUGGGCAUGCUGCACUGGGUGAUGGAUCCUGAGGUAUCAGGGUUCAUCAUUGGGUAUGAUCUCGGGGGAAAUCAAGUGCUGAUAUGCAACUUUGAUUCUAAGAAACACCCCGUCGAAACCUGGAACGAGCCCCUUUGCCGCAAGACCGUCGACGCUGCCAUCGGCACCCAUAUCCCCUACGACGUCCUCAGCCAUCGACCCUGGGUUCUCAGUCGGAAAGUCGCCAAGUCCUACCGCAUAAAUCGCAUCUUCCUAGCCGGCGACGCCGCCCAUUCCUUCCCCCCAACCGGUGGCCUAGGCCUCAACAGUGGCCUUGGUGACGUCCACAACCUCGCUUACAAACUCGCCGCAAUUCACCACGGCUGGGCCGGCCCGUCUCUCCUCGGCACCUACGAGACCGAGCGCCGCCCCGUCGCGCUGGUGAACGCAGCCCAGAGCGUCAAGAAUGGACAGCAGAUUUUUAGUCUUUUGAAGACAAUGGGCGCAACAGAUCCGGAGGUUUGCAUUGCGCGUGAGAAUCUCUAUCAUACUAUCGCAGAUCCGAGCCACGCUACUGCUAUCAACGAUGGCAUCGAAGGCCAGCGGGAGCAUUUCGAUAACCUUGGGCUGCAUAUCGGAUACGUGUACGGUGACACCCGUAUUCCUCGUUGUGCAUCCAUCUAUCAGCCGGAAUGUGUGCCAGGGGCGCGGUUACCCCACGCUUGGAUUCAACCCUUGAAAUCCGUUGCCCGUCCGCUGAUAGUCCCGAUUGAUUCGUCUUAUGUGACAGAAUUGUCGGCGGAGGAAGUGAGGCGAAAGCAGUUCUCGACGCUGGAUCUGUGUGCAUUCGACGCAUUUACACUGCUUUUGGAUGGAGAACACGCAGCGUCGUGGAGAGGAGCGCUGGAGGAAGCCAGCGGCCAGUUUCCAUCGGGACUGAGGGUCAACUUGGUCGCCAGGGGACUAUCCCUGAUGCGAUUAGCGAAGGGUCAGGCGGUUCUGAUUCGUCCAGAUCAGCAUAUCCUGACAGUGUUCGACAAUAUUAGCGAUGCAGAUGAAGUGGCAGAGGCUUUGAGGAUGCAUCUCGCUUGGUAG